AUGGACUCAAGCAAAAUAGAAAAAUAUCUAUCUAUCUAUCUAUCUAAUACUAAAAGUCUGUCAUUCGUGCUUGCGUGGUGUGCCGUUUGUCCAGUGCAUAAUAAUGAUUUAAGUUUCUUUCUACCUCUCUCUUUCCACCUCUCUCUCUUUCCACUUCUCCCUUCCCACCUCUCUUUUUCUUCGCUUUUCACUUAUAAUUUUCCAAUUUUCUUCUUCUUCUCUUUCGACUUCUUCCGCCAUUUUUUAUAUUUCUUCUAUUUUUCUUUCUCUCGGUGCUAUUUUGUUUCUCCUUUGUUUUUUCUUUCAUAUUUUCUUCUUGAACUUCAACCGUCACUUUAUAUUCCUCUUUUUGUCUUUCUUUCCCUAUUUUUUCUACUUUCUUUCUUUCUUUUUUUAUCUUUUGUCGAUCUUUUUCUUUUCUUUCUUUCAUUCUUUCUUUCUUUCUUUUUUCUCGGUUCUAUUCGUUUUUCAAUUCUUAAAUGCAUUUCAAAUCUGACUUUGCUGUUUGUCCGUCAUGAUGAUGUCGCACAAGAGGCAUCACACAAGUAA